CCCAUAAUCGUUUCGUCGUCUCGUGCUGCCUACCACGAACGAACCAAAGCCGAAGCCGAAGGCCACCGCCCCCGCAAAACCCCCCAGCCGUCGACCGCCACUCUUCGGCUCCGGCGACGACGACGAGGACGGCGACAAGGUUUUAUAAGGGCACCUCAAGGAGCCACAAUUCAAGUUCUGUAAGUUGCCAGAGUAUAUCUGAUGGCCGUUAUACCUUCUGGAAAUACGUGCUUCGUUCAAUGGGGUAUUCGUCCUCAGCUCAUGCUCAGGCCUUACUCUGCGAAUAGGGCGCCUUCAUCGCAUUUUGGGGAUGUGCGGCGACUGGCGGCUCAGUCAUCAAGCUUGUUCUCUCGAGGCACAUUGCCGUUGUCCUUUUACAUGGGGUCAUGUGGACGGUCACCUCAUCGUCGGGGAGCAAGAUUAGUAGUUAGAGCUGAUUCUGACUAUUAUUCUGUUCUCGGCGUGUCAAGAAAUGCCAGCAAAUCCGAAAUCAAGAGUGCGUACCGGAAGCUUGCUCGAAAUUAUCAUCCAGAUGUGAACAAAGAGGCUGGAGCAGAACAGAAGUUCAAGGAUAUUAGCAAUGCUUACGAGGUCUUAUCAGAUGAUGAGAAACGGUCUCUUUAUGACAAGUAUGGAGAAGCUGGACUUAAAGGUGCUGGAAUGGGAAUGGGGGAUUUCACCAAUCCUAUGGAUAUAUUUGAGUCUCUCUUUGAGGGCAUGGGCAUGGGUGGGAUGGGUGGAAUGGGCAUGGGAGGCAGAGGUUCCAGGAACAGACCCGUUGAUGGCCAGGAUGAAUAUUACAAUCUCGUUUUGAAUUUCAAGGAAGCUGUCUUUGGUGUUGAAAAAGAGAUAGAAAUAACCCGCCUUGAGAGCUGCAGCACUUGCAAUGGCUCUGGUGCAAAACCGGGCACCACUCCGUCCAGAUGCACCACCUGUGGUGGCCAAGGCCAAGUUGUGUCAUCAGCUAGGACUCCAUUGGGUGUCUUCCAGCAAGUAAUGACAUGUUCAUCCUGCGGUGGUACUGGCGAGAUAUCUACCCCUUGCAACACGUGCUCGGGUGAUGGUCGGGUUCGGAGGACUAAAAGGAUAAGUCUGAAGGUGCCCCCUGGGGUGGACUCUGGUAGUCGCCUGAGGGUUCGAUCAGAAGGUAAUGCAGGAAGGCGAGGCGGGUCCCCUGGCGACCUCUUUGUUGUGAUUGACGUGAUUUCGGACCCAGUCCUCAAGCGCGACGACACAAACAUCUUGUACACCUGCAAGGUAUCAUACAUUGAUGCGAUCUUAGGGACCACGAUCAAGGUACCGACUGUGGAUGGCAUGGUUGAUCUAAAGAUCCCUGCCGGGACACAGCCAAACACGACUCUUGUGAUGGCGAAGAAGGGAGUUCCUUACUUAAACAAAAGCAACAUGAGAGGUGAUCAGUUGGUCCGGGUGCAAGUGGAAAUCCCGAAAAGAUUGAGCAGCGAAGAGAGGAAACUUGUUGAGCAGCUUGCCGAUCUAAGUAAAGGCAAAGCGACAGCCAGCAGAAGAUAGUGGCUUUAUCGGUUCUUUUUCCAUUUUCCAUUUUCCAUUUCUUUUUCCCCUUAAAUUUAAGGUGUCAUAGAUUUGUCAACCAUAAAAGUUAGUACAAGAUGUAUAAGGUUCAUUAAGUUAUUCGAGGGGGCGAGCCAUGUAUGGCAAUUAUUUACUGAUUCAAAUUUUGUGAAUCCCCCUGUUUUGACCUGAACUGCUCUAUGAUGGAACACACAGCUUGAAAUGAUUUCUUCCGCCCUUGUUGUUGUAAA